AUGGCCGACCCUCCACCUCGAUACGUUUCCAUAGCUCCUCUCCUCAAAAAGCUCUCUGCCCCUCCACCGCUUGACAACACCGUCAAAGCCGAAGACAUCGCGCUUGCAUUCUCUCGGACUUUUGAGAAUGAAUUAAAUGGCACACAAACCGCCGCAUUGCUGACCUUACUCCACUCCACGGGACGAGAUAGGCAUCCAGAUGUCAUCGCAAAAUGUGCCGAAAGCAUGCGCAAUGCCGCAAUACAGGUCAAUAGCAAAGCCCUACGAACGGUGGUCAAGAAGAGGAAACGAGGACUUGGAUCAUAUCGAGGAGGUCUCUGUGACAUCGUCGGCACAGGGGGAGAUUCACAUUCGACGUUCAAUAUCUCGACUACCUCUUCCAUCAUCGCUGCCCCAAUCCUAAUGAUGGCAAAGCAUGGCAAUCGCGCACAAACAUCCAUGUCCGGGUCUGCAGAUGUGCUCAACGCCAUCUCCCCCGUCUCGCCCAAGAUUGAGGCACUGACCGCAGAGAGCCUUCCAGAAGCAUAUGAGCAUACCAACUACACCUUCCUCUACGCUCCCAAUUUCCACCCAGGCAUGAAAUACGCCGCAACAGUCAGAAGGGAGUUGGGCUUGCGAACCAUCUUCAACCUAAUGGGGCCUCUUGCCAAUCCCGUCGAGCAACAUAUCGAGGCCCGCCUCGUUGGUGUCGCCUAUCAAGAGCUCGGUCCAGUAUUCGCACAGGCUUUGUUGCUGUCCGGCGCGAGAAAGGCACUGGUGGUGUGCGGCCAAGAAGAUCUCGAUGAAAUUAGUUGUGCCGGAAAAACGAAUUGCUGGUUGCUGCGAGAAUCGCCCAACCCAAAAUAUCAGGGCGACCUCAACGACGAAGAUGAUGAUGAUGAUGACAGUAGCGACGACGAGAGCACUCCUAGAUACCUCGUGAAGGUAGAGAAUUUUGAGGUUGGACCGGAAGACUUCGGCUUGCCAUCGCAUCCACUCUCAGAGGUAGGCGGCGGCAAGCUUCCCAAGCAGAACGCGGCAGUCUUGAUGAGCAUUCUUCGGAACGAGAGAAAUAAGGAUGAUCCCAUCCUGCAUUUUGUCCUCAUGAACAUUGCAGCACUGCUCGUGGUGAGUGGCGCCUGCGAUUCAGACACAUGCGAAAGUGGAGAGGUCAUCAAGGAGGCUGGCCCUGCUGGCUUGAGAUGGAAAGAAGGUGUGAAAAAGGCCAGGUGGUGCAUAGAGAGCGGGCGGGCGCUCGCAGAAUUUGAAAAGUUCAUAGAGUUCACCAACAGAUUGUAG